UCCACGUAUAUCCCCAAACAGCAAGGAAAACAAUUUGCCUAGUUUCCUAUCCUAGCAAGGGCAGGAAAACCAUAAAACUCUUAAUUUCAGAUCUUAACAACACCUAUAUAUAAACCUCAUAGCCAUGAGCAAUUCUUCUUUCAUAGUUUGUUCUCUCAAUAUUCGGUGGGUUUCAGUCUGGUUUCAAGAUGGCUGCCGGAGGAAUUACUGUCAAAUUAAAUUCUACAAACUUGCCGCUCGAUCCCAUGCUGCCGCCCACUUUCAUUGUUGAGCUUCGCUUCCACUCACAUUACAGAAAAUUGCUCAGAACCCUUGAAGGGAACUUGAUCGAAAUUGAAGCCUACCCAAUUUCUCCAACCUCCUUUGUCCGCUACAGAAUUCAACCCCAUCGCCGUCACCUAUUUGUAGAGCCACUCUGCAAAAGCUAUCUUGAUGUCAUUUUCUCUUCUGUCGUUCAUAAUGACUCACUACGCGAUUUAUUGUCUCGUCGCAUUGCUUCCUUCCUCGUUUUCUUAGUCAGAAGGCAACCUUUCUUGGGGUAUUAUGUGGUCGCCGACUCGGAAUUUACCCAUGAAGACUUGAUUGAAGGGUAUGCUAAUGAUCUGACGAUGAUAAUAGAUGAAGAGCACCAAGAAGUGGUUCAGAGAGGUGCAUCGAGUUCCGCACUAAACAAGUUGAAGGAGCAGAGGUUUUUUGCGAAGCAGGGCGAUGAUGAUGAUAGACUAUCGGACGACUGUGUGAUUUGCUUGGAGGAAUUAUCUAAUAGUGAGGUUGCGCUCACGAAGCUGACUUGUACUCAUAUAUUUCAUGAACAGUGCAUCCUUGAUUGGUUGAAGGCUCAGAAUUCAUGCCCCACUUGUCGACGGGAACUUGAGGAUUGAAUGCGGAUGCUUCUACAGUCUCUUCUCAGAAUGUUCAUAGUUUCUGUUUACCUAUGAAACUACAUUAAUUUCGUCAAAAUCUAAUACCUGGUAAUGCGUAGUUUAGGAGGGUCAUAGGAAUUUUAUUUUUAUUUUUUUACUUUUUUACUUUUUUUUAUUUGUGUCAAAAGGAAGGCCACAGUUUUUUUUUUUUUUUUUCCAAACGUUCGUAGGAUUCAGUGUUCUGUUUGUCCAAGGCUGCAUUUUUGUAAUGAGAUAGUUUUUCGUUCUCCUUAAGCGGAGCUUCAGACAAAUUUACAAGGAUAUGUUUGAUCAUGUUAGCAAGAAA